UGAUUGAACAGUUUGGCCGUUUUCGUCUCUCAUCUGUCACAUUGGAGGAUGGAAACUCAUUUUCAAAGACAUUUUAUUUUCUGAAUGAAAUGUAUGCCUGCAACGCUUAACAUCGUGAACAGCUUUUAAAAGUUUUAAAUCCCAUUCUGAAUAGUCUGAGUUAGUUCAGGAGGAAGAAGCAGAGGAAGAGUGAUCGUGCUGAAUCGGAUGCUUGCACAGUGUGUAUGAAACCAGGCAAUGUCCACCAUGGUGUAUCCACGUGAAGAAGCCCUGGAGCGACUGAGCCAGGAUGAGAUCGUCCUGAACACCAAGGCCGUCAUGCAGGGUCUGGAGACGCUGCGUGGCGAGCACACACAGCUUCUCAAUUCGCUGCUGGACUGUACCCAGCCACCCAUCGCCCAGGAGAAGUCCGGGCUGCUCCGCAAGAGUCUGGAAGCCAUCGACCUGGGUCUGGGAGAGGCACAGGUUAUCAUCGCCCUGUCCAGCCACCUGAGCGCCGUGGAAUCGGAGAAGCAGAAGCUGCGCGCUCAGGUGCGGCGGCUCUGCCAGGAGAACCAAUGGUUGCGGGACGAACUGGCGGGAACGCAGCGCAAGCUGCAACUCAGUGAGCAAAACGUCGCCCAGCUGGAGGAGGAGAAGAAGCACCUGGAGUUCAUGAAUCAGAUCAAAAAGUUUGACGAUGACGUCUCUCCGUCGGAGGACAAGAACCAGAAUGCGGGAAGCAGCAGCAGCGGAGGAGGAGGUGGAAGUGGAGGAGGAGACGCUUCAAAGGACAGUCUGGAUGAUCUGUUCCCUAAUGAUGAUGACCAGGGAGCAGCCCAGCCCAGUGGAGAGGUGGCAGCCCAGCAGGGAGGCUACGAGGUCCCGACACGUCUCCGAACCCUGCACAACCUGGUGAUCCAGUACGCCUCUCAGGGGAGGUACGAGGUUGCUGUGCCGCUGUGCAAACAAGCCUUGGAGGAUCUGGAGAAAACAUCUGGACACGACCACCCUGAUGUGGCCACCAUGCUUAACAUCCUGGCCUUGGUGUACAGGGACCAGAACAAAUAUAAAGAAGCUGCUCACCUUCUGAAUGAUGCCCUGGGUAUCAGAGAGAAGACGCUGGGGAGGGACCACCCUGCUGUGGCUGCAACCCUCAACAACCUGGCUGUAUUGUUUGGCAAGAGGGGCAAGUACAAGGAGGCCGAGCCCCUCUGCAAGAGGGCGCUGGAGAUCAGAGAGAAGGUGCUGGGGAAGUACCAUCCAGAUGUAGCUAAGCAGCUCAACAACCUGGCCCUGCUGUGUCAGAACCAGAGCAAGUACGACGAGGUGGAGUAUUACUACCUGCGAGCUCUAGAGAUCUAUGAAUCUAAACUGGGAGCAGAUGAUCCCAAUGUUGCCAAGACCAAAAACAACCUGGCCACAUGUUACCAGAAACAGGGGAAGUUCAAAGAUGCUGAAGUUCUUUACAAAGACAUCCUGACCAGAGCACAUGAGAAGGAGUUUGGAUCUGUCAACAAUGACAAUAAGCCAAUCUGGAUGCAUGCUGAGGAGAGAGAGGAGAGUAAGGGUAAACGCAAGGACUCUGGUGUUUACUUUGAGUAUGGGAGCUGGUAUAAAGCCUGCAAGGUAGACAGCCCAACUGUGAACAUGACCCUGAAAAGCCUGGGAGCAUUGUACCGUCGCCAGGGGAAACUGGAGGCAGCGGAAACUCUGGAAGAGUGCGCCAGCAAGUCCCGUAAACAGGGUAUUGAUGCCAUCAACCAGAGUAAGGUGGUGGAGCUGCUGAAAGACGGAGCAGGCGGAGGCAGCGACAGACGACAUAGCGGAGCCAACGGACCAGGAGGGCGAAGGGAGGGCGAGGGCGAGGACUCCAGUGAUUGGAACGGGGACGGUAACGGGUCUCUGCAGCGUAGCGGCUCCUUGGGGAAGCUUCGUGAUGCUCUGAGAAGAAGCAGUGAAAUGCUGGUGAAGAAGCUGCAGGGCAGCGGGCCUCAAGAACCCCGCAACCCAGGAAUGAAGAGAGCGAGCUCCCUGAACUACCUAAACAAGAGCGUUGAGGAGACCACACAGGAUGCCAACUCUGGCCUCUCAGACUCCAGGGGAUUAAGUGCCAGCAACGUGGACCUAACCAGACGCAGCUCCCUGAUUGGCUAGACAGAGAUAAGACUUCAGAGGCAAGUGGCUCGAAGAAGAGAGGCUGUUUGCACCUCGGUUCGAGCAAAACACCUGCAGCGUAUUUUUUAAAGAACACUUAAAAACAAAAGCAUCACCACACUUGACACCACAGUCGCUGCUGCUUCACUGUACAAACCGCUACCAUCCAUCAGAAAAGCCGAUAUUUAGACACAUUUAUGAGCAUGCUGCUUACUAGGAAGUGGAAUGUCUGCACCUGAACGCCUCGUGUUCUUCGCACCACAGUAGCAAAGCAACAUAUCCACAUCGUGACGAGUGAGUUUCUUCGACCUCCACGCUCAUGUGCAGACACUCAACCUUAGGUAGGCUUAAAGUGCGACGCUUUCAGUUCUGAGACGCGUUGUACAUCGUAUAACCACACGUAGCAUGAAGUGCUUUCUGAUGCUAACCAUCCACUGAAUGCAUAUCGCAGGUAGGUUUUAAAAAAUAAAGAAAGUAAAAGGUACAAUCAGUUAGGUAUCUAAAGAGAAAGCAGAAACAUUAGCACUAACCAUUAAAACCUCACUUUAUGCCUUGUUUUUUUUAUGUAUAUAAAGUUUUAAAUUAUUUGACAUUUCAUUCUAUGUAUAUAUUGCACUUUCAUUUUCUUUUGUUUGUUUACAUUUCAUUUGGUUAAAGAGGGUCCUAACUGGAGAAAAAACACUACUUAUCUGAAGGGAGGAGGCUGGAAAUGAAAGAAAGGAAGAGAAGGAGUGAGAGAAGUAUGAAAAGGAAGUACAGAAAUGGGCACUUAGUUUAUCCUGUGAAAGAAAGAAUCAAAAAAAGCUGAUAAAAUUGUUACCUCGACGACUGAAAUCUGCAGCCAGCCAUCAGUUUCAGUCUGAACUGUGAUUAUGUGCUUGGAGUGUUUCAGUGCUGUGUGUCUGGCAGCUGUUCGUCACCCUGCUGAGCAGAAAGGAGGUGGUUGUUUCACCCCUCAGAUAUUUAAUUAGAAAGAAAAUACUCAACUGAACACAGCUCACUUUGCCAACACUUAGAAUCCCGAGUGAUGCUGGGAGAAAAUUCUAUUAAAAAGAAAACCAGUUUGUUUACGAUUAUUACAGCAGCAUCAACCCUCGUAUACAACUGAGUAACCAUCUUUAAGUCAGGUUAAAACCGAUGCAGUGCAUCAGCCUCAGUUUGUUUACUGCUUGUUUUUUUCUUUUCCCCUUUACCGUUGCUGUAUAUGUCACUUUGCUCAGAACAAUCCUGUGUCAUGUUUUUAUCGCUGAUGGAUCUCAUCGACCCCAAUCGAAUCCAAAUCUGACCGAUGACGAUCCGUCUUCUGAAUUUUUGCUUUGUCAGUUUUCAGUUAGACUCUGAGGUUUCCCGUGGAAGAAGCAGAAAAUCUGAAUGUUUCUUUUUUAAUGUAGACCAUGCAGUCUGGUAGCGUUUACACUGGAUUUGUUGUGUUGUCGCGUUCACCGAAUGUACACGUCAUUUUUAUGCUGCAUUCAAAUUAGACUCCAGUUGACACAUCCUCAGCUAGAAGAUGGUCAACGUGAUGCUCUGAUGAUGACAGAGGUGUGUAAAAUGACAAAACAAUCAAAUGUCACCCUCCUUUAAAUCUAGUCUGUAAAGUGCUAAUUAACCCAUCGGCUCGUGAAUGUGCCAGUUUGGAAUUGUAAUGAGGAAAUGUAAACACGAAGGAAAGGAGGAGGUCGGGACGGAGUUAAGGAAGUGUGGAGGAAAGACAAGUGCUUUAAGUGUUCGCAGCAAAUAAUGUACAGACUCACCUGUAUGUGAUCUUUAUAUGUGUUCAGUCUGCUCACAGUCUAGACAUCAUGUAGCUGUGUAAAAGCACCAGUUUGUAACUGAAAACCUUUUCCAGUAUACACACUGUCCCUUACUGUGUUAAUCUUGUGUUCAAACAGCGUCUGUGCUCUUCUGUAGAUAUCUGGAAUUUCAGGAGUAGUCAAACUCCAUAAAUAUAUGAACAUUAACACAAUAUUUUGCUAUUGUGAGAACAAAAUAAACUGCUGCAGUUGUAAAUAUUUAUCUUGAAUCGCUGUCGCUACAAGGUUUAACCCCAAGCUUCAAGGAUCAGUCAGGUUUUGUGCUUUUUGUCCACAUAUUUAUGGAGAUCUGUGCACCUUCCUACAGCCGAGGAUGGAAAAUGUUAAGUUUGAGGGUCUUGUACAUGUGUGGGAAAUUAUGGCAUUAACAUACAAUUUCAUGAUGAUGGUGAUGAUGAUGAUGAUGAUGGGGCCAACCAAAUGUGUAUUUUAUCCAAAGCUCAAUAAAGACAAAUUUCACUUUU